AUGAAAAUACUAAAAAGAAGUAAGUCGCUAGAAAGGCAAAAUUUUGAUAAAAUAAAUAAUGUACAAAUAUAUGGAGAAAAUCAAAUUCAUUGUAAAGGUUUUUUUAUAUCAGGACCGGCAUUUUUAACAGUAAUAUCAUCUUUUCUUAUGAUAUUUAUUCCUGUUGGUAUUUUUCAUGCAUUUACUUCAACAUGGUUUUUUGAGAAAGGUAUUUAUUUUGUUACUUUUUUGAACUUGUUUUUUUUUGUAUUAACAAUAUAUUCUUUUUUUAAAACAAGUUUUAUGGAUCCUGGUAUAAUACCAAGACAAAAAUCUGUUUUAAAUUUAUAUGAUGUAAUAAUUGAACAGUAUAGAGAAACCCAGCCACCAAGACAAAAAGAAGUUUUAAUUAAUGGGCAUUUUUAUAAAUUAAAAUAUUGUUAUACUUGUAAUAUAUAUAGAGGUUUAAGAACUGUACAUUGUUCUAUUUGUGACAACUGCGUUGAAAAAUUCGAUCAUCAUUGUCCUUGGGUUGGGAAUUGUAUAGGUGCAAGAAAUUACAAAUAUUUUGUUUUUUUUGUUUUAAAUUUAUAUAUACUAAUAUGUAUAACUCUAAGUGCAAGUAUAUAUAAAUUAGUUAUAUGUAUAAAUAAGUUAUCUGGUGAUGGAUAUAAUACUGAGAAGAUUUUUAUUCAUAUUUGGAGAGUUGCUGCAGAUAGCUUAAUUUUAAUUAUAUAUACUGUUUUAACAUUGUGGUUUGUUAUUGGUUUGUUAUGUUAUCAUAUUUAUACUAUCUUAACUAAUCAAACAACUUAUGAACAAAUAAAGACGUUUUAUCAAAAUGAUAACCCAUUUAAUAUUGGAAUAGUAAAUAAUAUAAAGGAAGUAUUAUUUACAAAAACAAGACCAUCUUACAUCAAUUUUGUUAAUCCACAGUUACAAGUUGUUGACAAGAAUUGCUAUCACAAUAUUAUAGUUUUCAACGAUAAAGGUGUGAAUAUAGAAGAAGAUAUUAGAGAAAAAUCUUCAUCUGAUAAUAGAAAAAAGGAUAAAAAAAAAAUGGAUUCUAUGGAGAUACGUUCAAUUAAUAAAAAAUCAUCCAAAAAAAAAAAAUCAAGUAAAGAUUGUAUUCCCCCAUCACAUGGUAGUAAAAUUAGAAUUAAAUCAUAUAAUAUAAAAAAAAAAAUAAAUAAAGAGAAAAUCAGUGAAGAAUAUGAUAUUACAAAAAUAAGUAAUAUAUCUAAUAAGGCAAUAGAAAAAUCUGCUCAUUUAAAAUUUGAUAAAAAUAAAAAUAUAAAAUAUACAAAAAUUAAGCUACCUAAAAUAAAAAAUGAUGAUUCAGAACAUUUAAAUGAAGAUGUUGAAGAGAAAAACGUUUCUUCUCAUAAACGCAUAAUUAAUUUAAAUAAUGUUGGUGCAUUGUUUAUUAAAAAUAAUAGUUCAUCUAGUAUUAGUACUAAAAACGGAAAUAAUAAAGAAAUGAAGAAAAAAAGAAGAGAUAAUUAUGUUGAUAACGAAAUAGAUAAUGAGUUUUAUGAUUACCAAGAAGAACUAAUAGAUAUAGAAAAAAGAAUGUUGAAAAAAGAUGACUAUAUUGUAAUAAAAAAUACAAAUGAAAAAAAUGGAGAGUAUUCAAAUAAAAUGAAAAAGAAACAAAAGAAAAAAAUACUUUAUAAAACAAAAGAAUCUAAGCAAAUUAGAAAAAAAAAAAUUAAAUAUGAGACAAAAAUUAAUUGUUUUAAUAGUUCUAUUCAAGUAAGAAAAAAAAGAAAUUUUCCUAUCUUAAAUAAAAAACGAUUUUCGUUUAUAGGAAAUUUAAAGAAUAAAAGUGAAAUAUAUUACAUAGUAAGUUAUUGUAAUGAAAAGAAAAAAAAAAGUUCUAUUAACUCAGAAAAAGAAUUUAAAAAAAAAGAAAAUAUUGAUGAAGAUAAAAUAUUCUUUAAAGAAUAUAAUAGAAGUACAAAAAAAAAAGAAAAAAUGAAAUUAAAAGAAAAUAAAAGAGAGGAAGAUAUACAAAAAAAUGUAAUAAUAGACAUAUAUAAUAAUAUGCCUGAUGAAAGAAAGACAAAAAUCAAUAAUGAAAUUAUAUUGGAAAUACCAAAAAAAAAGGAAUAUGAAUCAAAUACUUCAUUGGAAGAAAUAGAAAAAAGAAAGAAAACCAAUUAUAUAAAGUAUGAUAGACUCUAUCUCGUCGGAAAAGGUUGUAAAUUAGAAAAUUUUAGUGAAAUUUAUGAAAUGAAAUAUGCAAAAAUGCAUAAUCUGAAAUAUAAAAAAAUAAAUAAAAAAUUAAAAAAAAACAAAUUAAAAUUAUUAUCAAAAUCACAUAUAAAUAUUCAUUUGUUUUAUAAUAAUAAGGAAUGUACAAAUGUAUCAAAUAACAUUAAUGGCAACAUUGACACAUUAGGAAAAUAUGAAAGUUGCAAUUUUAACAAUAUAUAUUUUAGUAAAAUAAAAAAUAUUAAUAAAAUCGAUAACUUAAAAUUACUUAAUUAUUUAGUUCACAAAAAUAAACAAAAUGAAAUCCGUUCUGAUAUGAAAAAAAAAAGUAAAGUAUCAAAAUUUUUUUAUUUUUUUACUACCUUUGCAUUAAUAAUUAAAUGUAUACAUAUACCUUCUAAUAAUGAUAACGAUUGA